GAGUUGGAGUGAUAUACUCCUCUCCAUUUUAGUUGGAUCCUGCUCUUCAUCAUCUUCCUCUCGAUCUCUCCCCAUUUCUUUGUGAUAAAAAAAAAAAAAAAACCAACAAAAUGCGUUAUGAGUCAGGAAUUGCUUAUUAAAUCACACACACACACACACCCACACUAUACAUAUUUUUAUCAAGCCACCAUUAGGGGGUAACUAUAUGAAAUUAUUAUGCCACCAAAGCAAAGUUGGUCUUCCGGUGGUUGCACUCUCCGAGGAAGGUAGCACCUUGAGUUUAAGAACUCAAAAAUACCAAACAUGGAGUUGCAACAAUCUAUGGACAGAGAAGCAGGGAUUUCAGAUUCCAGUUGCAAACGUGGUGGUUGGAUCACCUUCCCCUCUAUUGCAGGUGUUCAAUGUGAAGAGCAUUACCGCUACUCAGAUUGAAAAUAUAUUGUCAAUGGUGGCGUCAGUCUGCUUCCCAUCAUUACAGCAAUUCUUGCUGACUCUUUUUUAUUAGGAUCCUUCUCUGUUGUUGCAAUUUCUUCCUGUUUCUCUUUGCUGGGAUUGAUUCUCCUGACCCUAACAGCAUCAAUUAGCUCCUUGAGGCCUCCACCUUGUGAGACUAGAUCAAGCUUACGCCAAGCUCCAACAGGAGUUCAAUUCACCAUGCUAUAUGCAGCUAUAGCUUUAGCUUCUAUAGGCCUUAGAGCAAUAAGAUUUACACUAGAAACAAUCGGCGCAAAUCAAUUUGAUAAGCCUCAAUAUCAAGAUGGUUUUUUCAACUGGUUCUUCCUCAUCCUUUAUGGAGCUUGUGUGUUAAGUACUAUGGGCAUUGUCUAUGUUGAGGACAGCAUCGGCUGGGAUUGGGGUUUGGCCUAUGUGCUGCUGCUAGUUAUGUUGGUUUAGCCAUUUUCUUGCUAGGUACCCAAUUCUAUUGACAUGACAAGCCUGAGGGAAGCCCAUACAUAGGGUUAGCUCGUGUUCUUGUUUCUCCUAUAAGGAAGAGGAUAUUCCACUAUCAUCCAAAACUGAGGAUUAUUACCAUGGAAAAGAUGGAACAAACGUGAUGUUGCCUGCAGCACCUUCUCAAAGCUUAAGGUUUUUGAACCGAGCAAGCCUAAAAACUGAAGGAGACAUUCAAUCAAAUGGGUUGAUUGCAAAGCCAUAGAGGCUUUUCACAGUUCAAGAGGUGGACGACCUCAAAGUUUUAGUUAGAAUUUUCCCACUGUGGUCGAGCACGGUUUUCUUAUCCACCCCAAUAGCAAUUCAAGCCAACAUGACAGUUCUACAAGCUCUAGCCAUGGAUCGUCACCAUGGUUCUAGUUACAAGAUCCCAGCAGGGACAGUCAUAGUUGUUGUGUUAAUUUCCACCUGCAUCUUCCUUGCCAUCUUGGAUCUUUUCCUUCUUCCCACCUCGAAAAAGUUGACUCAUUGGUCUCUAACUCCUCUCCAAUGGAUCGGAGUAGGCCAUGUUAUUAAUGUUCUAAGCAUGGCCGUAUCAGUCCUGGUGGAGUCAAGGACGUUGAAAAUAGCCCAUGCACAUCACCUUCUGUUGGAACUUGGGGGUUAGAAAACAUAUCAUUGGCUUCAAGGCAUGCUGCAAAUGCCACUUUCCUUUAGGCUAUUUUCGCCCCUACCAUUUUGGUGUGCAAAGGCGUUAACCAAAAAUACAUGUAGGAUACAAUGAAACCCUGUCAAUUACGCCUUGCCCUGAUGAAAUCAACCACUAAAUCUCACUUCUUCAAGUGGCAAAACUAUCACUUUCAUACAAGGAUUUCUGCAGCAAUCAUUGCACAAAAGAGGACUGUGUUAUAUUAAAAAACAGUAGGAUAUUGUAUGUAUCAUUCGAAUUGGAAUCACCGUAUCAAGAGGAUGAAGACAAGGCUUUUAUAGACUAUAGGUGUCUGUUGAUAAAAGACACCUCUUUACAGACAUGUCUCUUCCAUUUGAAGAGUUUUAACAUGAAAAGACACCUUUUCAUUUAUUCCCUUUCCCAGCCAUUGUCUUCUUUCCUCUAUUUUGAAAAUUUCUCCAACACCUUCAAGCACAGCCUGGUGCUCUAGUCCCAAUGAUAGUGCUAUGGCUGUUCCCACAACUUGUUAUAGUUGGCACUGGAAAAGCCUUCCAUUUACCCGGAUAAGUUGCACUAUACUAUCAAGAAUUUCCUGUAGCGCUCUGUAGCACAGCAACCACCUUGAUAUCUGUGGUAAUGGGGAUUGCCUACCAUGUGAGCACUGCUUUGGUGGACCUGAUCUGCAAUGUGACAGGCUGGUUACCUGAUAAUAUAAAUGAGGGGAGGCUGGAUAAUCUAUAUUGGACCCUUGUUGUUUUGGGUUCGCUCAACUUUGUCUAUUUUUUGGUCUGCUCUUGGUUGUACAGAAAUAGAAAUAUCUUUAAAGAGGAAGUGGGUCCUUCUGUAAGGGUUGCCAAUGGAGAAAGAAAAACAGAAAAAGGAACUUGAUCUUUGGAGAAAGGAAACAAAAAUUGCAAAAGUAU